AUGCCGUUCCUGGAGGACGCGAUCAUGGUCGCCAACCACAACAUUCGGAGAACAAGGUGCGAGGACGCCCAGUGGGUUGGCGGCGCCUUCGGGGACGAGGGCUGUGCGGCAGGGCCUCGGGAGGUCUUCGGCAGGCCGGUGAUGUUCACGUCCCUGUGGCGAUACAAAGCGGGCUCAUCCCGACUCUCCGCGCUGCGCCGGGCAGGGCGGCCGGUAGGGACCGAGGAGAUGAAGGUGUUGAUGCAGACGGUGUCUGAGGGCCUGACCGAGAUGAGCAUGAUCGUGCGGCCCAAUGACCUGGAGUUCGAGUUUGUUUUCUUCUUCAACCGUCGGCAACAUCGACGGGCUGUGGGAUGCGCCGUACGGGCCGUGGAGCCGGUUUCACUUCGACGAGGUCUUCGUGGGCAGACGGUCUUAGGAGCAGCCGCGCCUUCCGUGUAG